UUGUCAGAGCAGAUUUUCAAUCAUCUUGAGGGUUUUGACAUAAGAGAAAGUUAAUUUUUAACAAUUACUUGAGAUUUUUAUGUGAAUAGUAAGAGUGUCACCAUGGCAUCGUUCGAGACACUGCGGAAAGAUUUUAGCAAAUAUGUCCAGCAAUCUCUGAAAACAUCAGAUGUAGCAUCAUUUCAAAAAAAGUGUCUAGAGCAAUGUUCGAAUGAAAAAGACAGGAAGCCUGCCAUUGAUCAGGCCUUGAGGGACACAUUGAUUGUUUUGUUAUCCAACAAUUCUAAUAACACUGAGGCCUUAGAGGCCUACAUAACGUUUUGUAUAGAGCUGUGCAGGAAAGAAUUGGCUACCAUGAGUGUACCAGUUAUGUUGCUCAGUGACACCUUCGAUGCUCUCACGUUAAACCACUGCGAGGAGUUGUUUACAUACGUUGAAAACAAUGUUUCUAUCUGGAAGGAAGAAUUGUUUUUCACGUCAUGCAAGAAUAACUUACUGAGAAUGUGUAAUGAUCUGCUCAGAAGACUGUCGAGAUCUCAGCAAACGGUAUUCUGUGGUAGAAUUUUGCUGUUUCUGGCCAAGUUCUUUCCAUUCUCCGAGAGAUCAGGACUCAAUAUCAUAAGUGAAUUCAAUUUGGAAAACACCACUGAAUUUGGAAGUGAAAAGUCACAAGAGAACGUUGCACAGCCCAUGGAUGUCGACGAGGAAAAAACAGAUCCAAAGAUUUCAAUAGAUUAUAAUCUGUACAGAAAAUUUUGGGCCCUCCAGGAUUUUUUUAGAAAUCCCAAUCUUUGUUAUAACAAAAUGCAAUGGAAAACCUUUUCAGCUCAUGCUUCAAACGUCUUGGCGGCAUUUUCUUCCUUUAAGCUGGAAGAUCAAAAAGAUUGUCCCAUAGAUCACUCAGCACUUGAAGCUGCAUUGGAAGGAAUUCACAGAGACUCUCACUAUUUUGCGAAAUACUUAACCAAUGAAAAACUAUUGGAAUUGCAGAUGUCUGAUUCUAAUUUCCGUCGAUAUGUCUUGUUACAAUUCCUAAUAUUAUUUCAGUAUUUAAACAGCACAGUGAAAUUCAAGUCAGAAACGCAUGAACUGAAAAAAGACCAAGUUGAGUGGGUCACAGAGACAACUGGUAAAGUGUACAUUCUUCUUACUGAAACACCACCCAAUGGAGCUGCCUUUGCUGAAGCUGUUAAGCACAUAUUGAAACGAGAAGAAUUCUGGAAUGGGUGGAAAAAUGAUGGCUGCCCUGCUUUCAAGAGACCAGCUCCAGAGCCGAUAACAGAGCUAGAUGAGGCAAGAAAGCAACAGAGGCCGAGAAGAAAACUUGGUGAUAUGAUACGCGAUGCUCAAGCUCAUGGCAAAUAUUACAUGGGAAACCUAGAAUUAACAAAAUUAUGGAAUUUGUGUCCUAAUAAUCUUGAUGCCGCAAAAUCCAAAGAUCGUGAUUUCUUACCAUCUCUGGAAACGUACUUUGAAGAGGCAAUCGAACAGUUGGACCCAGCUGCUGGAAUAGAAGAACAGUACAAAAAAGUUAAUGAUGGUAACUUUGGCUGGAGAGCGUUGAGAUUAUUAGCCAAGAGGAGUCCACACUUCUUUGUUCAUGGCAACUAUCCAAUAAAUAAACUUCCCGAGUAUCUUGAAAUGAUGAUAAAAAAAAUAGCAAAAGAUAGACCAUUAACUCAAGCCGAUGUAAAACAACAAUCUGGAGAAACUCCACCUCAAGAACAAACGGAACAAGAGAAUAAUGGAGUAUCUCUGAAGCAAGAGCCAGAGGCAGAAACUGAAGAAAGUAAAAGUAAACGCGUCAAUAGGAUAAGUCGAGAAUUAGUUGAGAAAUUAGCCGAAACAAUUAAAGGUGAUUGGAAAAAAUUAGCUGCUGAACUGGGGUACACGAGUGACGAGAUUGUUUUCUUUGCCAAGAAACAAUCCACGUUGGAGCAAUGUCAGGAAAUGUUAAUUAUAUGGACUGAAGAAGAUCCUGAAGCAUCAGUUGGUAACUUAAAAGCGAUUUUAGAGAAACUGAAGUACACCAAGGCCUUGGAAGUUCUAAAUGCAAACGUUACAGCAGAAGAAAUUAGCACUACUGCCACAAAGACAGAAACGACAACAACACCAGCAGCAGCAGUUGUACCAGUCAAAGUUGAGAAAAGUGAAUAA